UGUAUCCACUGCCCUCGUCAUAAUGAAAGUUCAUAAAAAGGGCAACGAAAAAGUUUGUUUAGUUCUCACCAAUUUUCUUGCCCAUUGGUUAAAAGUUUUCCGAUGCAGCAGCAUGUCCAAAGCAACCACAAUUAAGGAGGCACUGAAGCGCUGGGAGGAUCGGGAGCAGCAAAAUUCCCUGACGGCCAAGAAUAUUGACCUACAAUUUCAGUGGCCGCCCAUCGAGAAAAUGGAUAGCACAUUGGGCACGCUGGUGCAGUGCGAGAGAAUCAGUAUGUCAACGAAUAUGAUUGAAAAAAUAUUCGGUUUAUCGGGCAUGAAGUGCCUCAAGGUAUUGUCCUUAUCACGGAACUACAUCAAGCAGAUUUCAGGACUGGAGGCUGUAGCUGAAACUCUGGAAGAGCUGUGGCUCAGCUAUAAUCUGAUAGAGAAAAUAAAAGGUUUGACUGGGCUUAAAUGCCUAAAGGUUCUCUACAUAAGCAACAAUUUGAUUAAGGACUGGUCGGAGUUCAAUCGCCUGGCGGAGAUCGAGUCCCUUGAAGAUCUGGUGGUGGUGGGAAAUCCCCUCUCCGAAGGAUUAGAUGAACCUUCUUGGCGGGCGGAAUGCAUCAAGAGGUUGCCCACCAUUCGUAAACUCGACGGAGAGCCGGUUGUGCUUAAUGAGGAGCCACAGCUUUAA